AUGCCAAAGCGGGGAAGGAGCUUCCCCCCUUGCUCCCGCCUGAGACCUGCUUCUUCCCUUCAGUUGCCCGCCGGCAGCCGCUCCCGGCUCACGCGCUUCCGGGGGCGAGAGAGUCGGCGAACGAGUCCCGCAUUACACGAGAACCUUGAUAAGCUGAACCUCCGAGUGCUAUAUAUAGUGGGCAUGUGGUCGAGGGGGGCGGGGCGUCGAGUGGCGGCGAUGGACGCUGCUUCGUCGGAAGCCGGAAACAAAUCCGACUCGUCCUCCUCCUCCUCCCCGUUUCCGCUCGACAUGCGACUCGGCGCCGGCGCCUUCGUGCCGCCUUCUUCUGCUGCUGCAGCGGCGGCGGCAGCAGCAGCCGCCACUUUCGGCUCUCAUCAAAACCAACAACAACAACAACAACAGUUGCUGAUGCAUCAAAGCGAGGAGAUGUUGAAGCUGUUUCACCAGCUGCAAGCUGCUCGGUUCCAGGCGCUGAUGGCGGCGUCGCCGCUGCUGAUGGCGGCAGCAGCCGCCACCACCAACGCGUCGGCGCCGGCGUCUGUCAUGGCCGGACAAGGAGCCCUGUUUUUACCCCCUGGUGCUGGUGGUGGUGGUGGUGGUACCGCGGCGGCGGCGGCGGCUGGGAUGGGUGUGCCGGCGUUGUGGGACCAGCGCAGGGCGCCCACGAGGUCCGCCAGGCCCAAGAAGCAGUUUAUUUGCAAAUACUGCCAGCGCCAUUUCACAAAGAGCUACAACUUGUUGAUCCAUGAGAGGACGCAUACUGAUGAGCGGCCUUAUUCUUGCGACGUUUGUGGGAAGGCAUUUCGGCGCCAGGACCACCUCAGAGACCACAAUCGCGAGAAGCCCUUCAAGUGCGAGCAUUGCGGCAAGGGCUUUUGUCAGUCGCGCACUCUGGCGGUGCACAAGGUGUUGCACAUGGACGAGUCGCCGCACAAAUGCCACCUGUGCCACAAGGCCUUCAACCAGCGCUCCAACCUCAAGACACACCUCCUGACACACAUGGACGCCGCGACGGCGGCAGCCGUGGCGGUCGCGGCUGCUGCUGCGGCGCCGCCACCGCCGCCACUGUUCCCGCAGCCGCCUAAAAAGACAGAGUUCAGCAUCGAGGCCAUCUUGAAGUAA